AAUGUGGGGUUGAUGAAAAAAUAGAGAAUGAGUGCUUUAUUGCUUCAUUUUUUGACAGGUACGAGCCAGAGGGCGAUUAAUGUCAGCGAUUUAAUUUUAAAAUUUGUUUAAAUAGCAAUAUCAAAGACGCUGGGUUUAAUUUAUUUUGUAUGUUGAUCCCUAGCAUAAGAAAUGUAAGUGCGAACGUAAAAGUGUUGGGUUUAGGGCUUUUGAUGAUUCCGUUGUCUCAUAAGGGCGGUCCUUGUCCGGUUAUACGAGGUAAUUUUUUUUUUUUUUGAAAGUCUUGAUGAAGGUACAAAUGAGUGAGAAGAUCUCGUUUAAAUUAAAGAACGAAAAUGAGUGGAUUCCAAUUUGGGAAAUGGGAAUGCAGUGAGUGCAGCUCGGACUUGACUGGUCGCGAAUGAAGAUCGAUCCGACCUUUCGAUUCUAUCAAGCGACCGACGCUAUUUUUCUUCAUUUCUACCAAUUCACAGACAGACAGACAGAAAUCACUCGAGAAUAAGAUUUAUUCAUCAAGGACUUUAGAUCUUCAUCAAUGUCUCCCUCUAAAGUUAUAAAUUAGACAAAAUAUAGAAAAGUUUGAGUUUAAUUGAGAUACAUAUGAAAAAAAUGAGAUAAAAUCGUGUUUCGGCUUGAAAAGGGGAAAUGAAAUAUUAAAAUUUGAAAACUGUGCAUUACUUUACUAUUUCCGAGACACGGUCAGUGAUCACCGAAGUGUGCAGCCUAUGCCAGUCCAACUAAACCACCGGCCGCUACUCGGGGAAACAACAGCGCUUCCGAGGACUGACUCCGUCAUAUCACGAGACGAGUUAACUUUCAGUUUGUGUUACACCGCACCGCUGGCCAGGUGCAUAUUUCGCCGAUUCGCCGCCAACGCUUUAAUUUACUUACUGGAUAAUUCACGCAGUCAUCAACAUAUUGAGUAGUGAAUCAGUGAAAAUAAUGCGUUCCUUAUUUGCAAUUUCCCAUUUUGGAUUAUCGAGAAAAUUGGAUAUUUUCUGUCCGUGAUUCGAAAAUGCGUUGGUAUGAUACGAGCAGUCUCUUUGAACAAUCGAGGAAGGUCCGUCACAGAGAAGACCUUGGGUUCAUCUGCGUGUUUGCAUGUCUAAUGUCCCUCUCGAGCGCAAGGAAUCAUCCACCGCAAUUCCUCAUUAAUGGACAGACUGAAAUUGUGGUGAGGCUGAAGGAGGGCCCGGAAACACCAGUUGGUACAUUGAUAUACAGAUUACGAGGAAUUGAUGUAGAUGGAGAUGCUCUUACUUUCGGUGUCAAGGAUCAACCUGGGGCAGAUGUGAUCCGAGUGGAAAACUUUGGUAGUCAAGAGGCCAAUGUAUUCCUGAACAGACUUCUUGACAGAGAGGUUCGAGAUGAGUAUGCAUUAGUUCUAACAUUAACCGACGACAAACUGGGAGAGGGGAACUUCAUAACCCAAAGUCUGCUCCUCCUUGUAGAAGAUAUAAAUGACAACGUGCCAAUAUUUCGUCCACAUCCCACUACGUUGACGGUAAGAGAAGACUCGGGACAGGGAGUCCUGACGACCGUUGAGGCUAAUGACUUGGACGAAGGCCCUCACGGUCAAGUGGUUUAUCAUCUACAGGAACUCGAUGGAGAUAAUGAUCUAUUUUCCAUCUCCACUGUUAAUGGAAAAGGAGUCAUUCGACUUGUUGGUGAACUGGAUUAUGAGAAGAAGUAUUUGUAUCAACUGCGAAUUCUGGCUGUCGAUCGAGCAAUCAGUGGAAAAGUAAAUACCGGCACUACAACUAUUAUAGUAAAAGUCCAAGAUGUAGAGGACCAGCCACCAGAGUUCAUUGCCAUGACUCCAGUUGCAAGAAUUAGUGAAAACGCCAACAUCGGAACAUCCGUUCUUCAUGUUCGAGCAAUCGACGGAGAUAAAGGAAUUAAUAACCGUGUCUCCUACAGCAUCACCGAGGGCCCCAGACACCUCUUCGACAUUGAUUCCACCUCAGGCGUAGUAUUCACCCGAGGACAACUAGACCGUGAAGCUGAAGAUAAUAACGAUGGUACCUUCAUUCUCGAAAUAACUGUGAAAGAAAUUUCAAAAGUACUCCCUACGCCAUCAGUGACUACAGAAGUGACUAUAAUUUUGAUUGACGUGAACGAUGAAACACCCAGAUUUCGCAGUGAUCGAUACCUAGCAGAGGUCAACGAAAACGCACCCCAGAAUACGCCAGUCAACUUCAUCGGUGGCUCUAUCCCCGAAGUCUAUGAUCACGAUUUGGGAAGCAAUGGUACCUUUCGAAUGUACAUUGAGGGAGAUGGUGGUGUCUUCGAGAUCACCCCAUUCAGAGGCAUCAACGAAGCUCCAUUUCUCAUUCGCGUUAAAAAUUCGAAAAAAUUAGACUUCGAGCAAAUUUCAGUUAUAAAUUUUACCCUCAUAGCCAAGGAAAUUGCUUCCUUUGAACCGAAAUUCACAGUCGUUCCGAUUACGGUUCUAAUCAAAGACCAGAAUGACAAUUACCCAGAAUUUGUUCAUAAUAUUUAUGAAGUCAAUAUCCCUGAAAACAGUCCAGUUGGUACUACAGUAGCUUGGGUUCAGGCACUGGAUGCGGACAGUGGAAAUUAUGGUAGCAAAGGGAUCAGAUAUACCAACUUAGGGGGUAGUAUAGCAUAUGCAUUAAAAUUAAAUACAACAUCUGGAGUCAUUACUAUCAAAAACACUGGACCUGGAUUCGAUCGAGAAUUAGUCUCACGUCAUUAUCUAACAGUUGAGGCUCGCGACGAUCUUGGCAGAGGUAAUCGAAAUACCGUACAACUAAUUGUGAACAUCGAGGAUGUCAAUGACAACCCUCCAAUUUUUUUGCAAAACAAGUAUGAAGCGGUUCUACUGGAAAAUAAAAAUAAUUUUGAAUCACCAUUGAGAAUAGAAGCUUUCGAUAUUGAUCUUAACGGUACGAAAAACAGUCAAAUUAUAUAUUCCAUCGUUGCGAGUGAAUUUUCAAAGAAUCUGACGAUCGAUCCUAAAGAAGGAAUAAUCAAACCAGCAUCUGCAAUGGACUAUGAAAAUUUACCAAUCAAUCAAGGCCACAAAGAGACUUCGAUUCGAGCCCUGAAACUCACUGUCCGCGCGAGGGAUAUGGGAAUCCCAAGUUUAAGUUCAGAUGCGCCCUUAACGAUUUAUCUGAAGGACACUAAUGAUAACGAGCCGAUGUUUGAACGCUCCCUUUAUCAAAAGAACAUUCCUGAAGAUUUAGAAGGUGGAACAACAGUUUUACAGGUGAAAGCCUGGGACAAGGACUUAUCUGCCCCAAAUAACAAAAUUGUUUACCGAAUUCAAAAUGGAGCUGGAGAUAAAUUUAUCAUUAAUCCUGAAAGUGGAAUCAUUCAAAUUGCUCCAGGCUCUAACCUGGAUCCCGAUUUAACUUCCCCCAAGACUGUGAACUAUCUUCUGAAUGUUGUAGGAAUAGACAGUGGAACAGAAAACCAAAAAUCCGCCGAAGUUCUAGUAAACAUUACGAUUAUCGACGUUAACAAUAAACCCCCAAUCUUCAAGGAUCCAGGAACAGUUUUUAUCAAAGAAAAUACUGAAAUCGGAGCUUAUAUUCAUCGUAUCGUAGCACAUGACCCGGACAUAUCCCCAAUCCUGCGGUACCGAAUAGAUUCAAAUGCUUCAGAAGCCCGAAAUGAAGAAGGAACUCUGAUCAGGCUGCAGGAGUACGAUUACCUAGCUGCCCUUGAAUUAAAUGCCAUUGACGGUUUAUUGAGAGUGAAAAGGCUCAUGGACAGGGAAAAAGUCGAGACCAUAAAAUUAGGUUUGAUCGUCGAGGAUCUAGCAGCUGUCAAGGGUGUCCAGACAGCAUCAGCAAUCCUCAAUAUCAUAAUCGAAGAUGAGAACGACAAUAAUCCACGAUUUAGAAGACCGUUCUAUAGAAGAACAUUAACCGAGAAUAGCAAAAAUGGAGUGCACAUCGCUAGCGUUGUUGCUGAUGAUGCUGAUAAGAACCGCACUAUCACUUACUCAUUAGAAAGUGAUUCGCAAAUAGCAGAUUUGGUUCAUUUGGACUUUGAGACAGGGGAAAUGGUGGCCGCUAAUAAAAUAGAUCGAGAAAUAUUCGCCUGGUUAAACAUGACAGUUCGCGCCACAGACUCGGGGAUUCCCCCCAGAUCAAGCCUCUCCGAAGUUUACGUUCAGAUAUUGGAUGAAAAUGACAAUAACCCGUAUUUCAUCACUGAUAUUACCAAUAUCACAGUAUUGGAGAACACAAAAAUCUCCACUGAAAUCAUGAGGAUCGAAGCCAGAGAUCCAGACGCUGGAGAUAAUGGUAAAAUAACGUAUCUGUUAGAUCGACUGUCGUCACAGGGAAAAUUUGCAAUUCAUCCAAUCACUGGUGUGCUAACCGUAGUGGAUGUCCUUGACUGGGAAGUCAAGAGCAGCUAUGUUUUAAUUAUCGAGGCUUGGGAUAAUUAUCAAUUUGGUUACACCACUGGGGAAUCUAGAAACGCAUUCAAGCAAAUAGAAAUUCUAGUAGAAGAUGUUAAUGACAACACUCCCAUAAUUGACGUUCCAGAGGAAUGUGUCAUGAUUUCUGAAUUUCAUGAUCCCAAAGACGUUGUCGCGUUGAUAAAAGCCAAAGAUUCUGAUAAUCCAGAGAGCCCUAAUGGUCGGGUUACUUUUAGAAUAUCAGCAGGUAAUGAAAUGGCUUUCUUCAUGUUGGAGCAGAUUGACCAUUGGACUGCCCGAAUUAAAUCGGUUGGGUCUUUAAGAGGAAAAUUUGGAAACUACUCACUUAAUUUGGAAGCUCGAGACUUGGGAAAUCCCGUAAAUGUAGAUGAGAAAAUUUUGCAUAUUUGUGUGAGUGAUUACAAUGAUAAUCCUCCAGUGUUCUUGAGUCCUCAACAUAACACGACGAUACGAGUACCAGAAAAUGUCACUGUUGGUUCGUCGAUAAUUCAAGUUGAAGCUGUGGAUGCAGAUAUUGGAUUGAAUGGAGAUGUUCACUAUCGUUUGAAGCAGGACGUUGCAGGUCACUGGCGGACAUUUCAUAUUGAUGACACCACUGGGGUGAUAACAUUGAAACAUCCCCUAGACCGUGAGACAAAAAAAAUGUACCAAAUUAGGGUAGAGGCACAUGAUUUUGGGACUCCCACUCCCCUCAGCACAGAUCUGGAUCUUAUAAUUUAUGUCACGAACAUUAAUGACUACGAGCCACAAUUUGUGGUGGAUGCAUUCAGGGUGACAUUCACCGAGGAGGAGUUUCCAGGGGCGGAAUCGGUGAUUCUUCCUGAGACCAUUGACAAGGAUGAAGUUGAUGAUCUUGAUGAUCCACCAACCCAAGUCUGUUACUUCAUUGUUGGCGGUAAUGACGAUGAAUAUUUCCGACUGGAUAUGAUCACACACAAGUUGACUACUGGCAAGACACUGGACAGGGAACAGCAGCAAGAGUAUCUGUUGAUGAUUAAAGCGACGGAGGAUUGUAAUACGCUGCCAAUGAAUCAGAGCUUUGCUAGUCAAGCGGAUAAUACUCUGUUGAAAGUCAACAUCACUGUGAGCGAUGUGAAUGAUAAUCCUCCGAAGUUUCUGAAUAGGGUUUUCACUGGUGGAGUGACAACAGCAGCAGAUUUCGGGACACAGUUCAUGCACCUGAAGGCGCUCGAUCUGGACGAGGGAGAUAACGCUGUAUUGAAUUACUACCAGGAAGGUAAAAUUCAUAUGACACUGACCGAAGGCCUAGACGACAUGAGCUUACAACCCUUCCUCAUUGACAAAUUGACAGGAGCCGUCAUCCUUAACUUUGAUCCUCAACCUAGGAUGAAAGGAUACUUCGAUUUCAUGGUAAUUGUCAAUGACACUGACGGUCUUCAGGAUACAGCACGUGUUUUCAUCUACUUACUACGAGAAGAUCAACGAGUCCGAUUUGUUCUGAGACAACAUCCACCUGAAGUUCGCAAUCGAAUCGACGCUUUCAGAGAAAUUUUGGGGAAUGUCACGGGAGCAAUUGUUAAUGUCGAUGAAUACAAAAUUCAUGAAAAUCAUGAUGGAUCGGUGGAUCGUACGAGGACAGAUCUUUACUUGCAUUUAGUCAAUCGACAGGACAAUUCGAUUUUUGAUGUAUCACAAGUGCUGGAGUUGGUUGACAGAAAUAUUGAGAAACUGGAUGAUUUAUUUAAGGAGUUCAAUGUCCUCGAUACUCAACCAGCCCAGUCCUCUCAAAUUGUACAAUACGAACAAACAGCCACGACGCUGUGGUUAUUGGCCCUUACGAUAUUUUUGGGAGCCCUCUUAAUGCUCUGUAUUGCCCUCUGUUUGUCUCAAAGGGCGUCAUUCCAAAGACAACUCAAAGCUGCCAAUGCCUCUCCCUUUAGUGGAACAGAUUCGGAAUUUAUUCGGGGCCCAGAGAGAGUUCCAAAUACCAAUAAACAUAGUGUUGAAGGAAGUAAUCCAAUAUGGAUGCAUGCUUAUGAGAAUGAAUGGUUCAAAAAUGAUGAAUCAUUCAGUCAUACCUCAGACAGGGAUUCCCUUGAUGAAAAUGCACUGAAUAAUGAGGAGACAACGAAUGAGGAAAGAUCGGGGCAGAAAUCGAACGAUAAUUCUUACAGUGCGACGAGGCAACACAGACCUUCUUCAAUUUCCAGUGUUGAAACCGUCACUGACAACCAAGCUGUCUUCAGUCGUGAGUCUGCAGCAUACCAACAGCAGAAUCCCAUACUCAACAAUCCCCUCGGAAAAAAAGUGGAAACUACUGAACUGUAGAAUGAUCCAUUCUUAUUUUGUAAAUAUUCAAUUAAAUUAUUCUACGUAAUAUUUAUUACCGACCAUUUAUGUAAAUUUCCACGCUAUUUAUCAUCUAUUUGUUAAGAGUGAUACUACAUUUCAUUUUCUGUAAUUGAAAGCAAAGAUUACCGCAAGUUUCUCGAUAAUAUUGAACUACGUUUCUGUGUAUAACUAUACAUAUAUCAACCAUACCAAAUUUUACUGUACGUGAUUUUUAUGAAUAUCUAAUGGAGAUAAUUGAGCUGUAAAUAAAAAAAAUAUUUGCCAAAAAAUUUAAUCCUCUCAUAAAAAAAUUCAGAACUAUACAAAGCACUUUGCAUAUCCUCAAUUACUACAAUUUAGCCGGACAUUUUCAACUGCAAUACUCUGAUGUCGCUCGGGACGCCGGUCUCAGUCCCAGGGAGGGGCCUUCCGGUUUCCGCCGAACUGACGAGAUAAACGUGGAUUACGGGUGACGCCGAGUAAGGUGUGAACGUGACCCUUUUUUGAAAAAGGGAACAUUCGGUGACAUCAGUCCAUCAUGUGGUACCCCACCAGUCAAAGGUAAGAGGCCCCUGAUUCAAUCAAAAGGCUGGGUCUGCACAUGGAAAGAAUUCA